CUGCCAUUUGGUAAAAAAGAGCUUCGCGUGAACAACGUAUACCCCUUGAUCUAAAUAAGGCCGAAAUAAUCGCGCCUACUUCUUAGUCAUUUUUGACCGGUUUGCAUUAUUGGAAUAUUUUUACUUUCAUAUGGAGUCGAAAGAUAUUCAUCCAUGUCGAAGGAGAAUAAGACGACGAUUUGCCUGCAUCUUUGUCCUUUGGUGUUUUUUUCUCAAUGGAAUGAAGGCGCAAAUCCGCUACUCAAUUCCAGAGGAGAUGAAAAAAGGCUCGCUCAUCGGAAAUGUGGCCCAAGACCUCGGUUUGGAUCUAAAAAGACUCCGUUCCGGGCGCGCCCGCAUCGUGACCGGCGAGAACGUCCAGUACGCCGAGCUGAGGGCGGACAAAGGGCUUCUGGUUGUCCAUGAAAGGAUAGAUCGAGAGCAGCUGUGUGGAGACGUGACGCCGUGCAGCUUCACCUUUGAGAUUUUAUUGGAAAACCCCAUGGAAUUGCAUCCGGUGACCAUCGAAGUGUUGGACAUGAAUGACAACGCUCCCACUUUUAAAAACAAUCAUUUGCGAUUUGAAAUAAGCGAGUCUGCUGUACUUGGCUCUCGUUUUGUUUUGGAAAGUGCGCAUGAUGCUGACGUGGGUACAAAUGGUGUGCAGAGCUACAUUUUAACACCGACUGAUAAUUUUGUUUUAAAACAACACGCCAGUCCAGGCGGGAAAAAACAUGCCGAAAUUGUGCUUCAGAAAGUCUUAGACAGAGAAGAACAGCCGCGACUCUCAUUAAAAUUGGUGGCUGUAGACGGGGGAAAUCCGCAGAGAUCAGGGACAGUUAAUAUCGAAAUUGUCAUUUUAGAUGCGAAUGAUAAUGCUCCGGUCUUCAAUCAAACUCUGUACGAAGCUAAAGUGAUCGAAAAUGCACCAAAAGGAACCACAAUUUUGACUUUGAAUGCCACCGAUGCUGACAGCGGUUCAUAUGGAAAAGUAACAUACUCAUUUUCAAAAUCAAAUGCGGAAAUAGCUGAUUUAUUUCAUAUAAACGAAAUAACAGGAGUUAUUUCAAUAGCAAAACAAAUAGAUUAUGAAAUGGAAAAAACAGUUGAAUUUAUGGUUGAAGCAAAAGAUCAAGGUGGCCUGAGCGAGUCUGCAAAAGUCGAAAUAGAAGUCAUGGAUUUAAAUGAUAAUAUUCCUAUCAUCAACGUAAUGUCCUUCACAAGUCCUGUCUCUGAAAAUUCCGCCACCGGAACUACAAUUGGUAUAGUGAAUGUAAAGGACCAAGAUUCUGGAGAGAACGGUCACGUUUUGUGCGUGAUUGAAGGCCGCGUUCCAUUUAAAAUUAAAUCCAAUGUGAGGAAUUAUUUUGCAUUGAUCACCGAUGCUGACUUAGAUCGUGAAAAUGUGUCAGAAUAUAACAUCACGGUUGUUGCGACAGAUGCAGGCUCGCCUCCCCUUUCCAGUAAACAGUCUUUUAAUUUGAAAGUAUCCGAUGUGAACGACAACGCUCCCGUGUUUCCGGCUAGCAUUUAUCGUGCAAACGUUGCAGAGAACAACUCGCCAGGUUUUCCUGUUCUCAGCGUGAGUGCCAAAGACCCAGAUGAAAACCAGAACGCUCGUGUCUCCUACAUGUUGGAGCAGAGUGAAAUCGGAGGAAGGUCGAUUCGUGAAUUUGUGUCUGUGAAUGCAGAAAGUGGUGUUAUUAGUGCAGCUCGCUCAUACGACUACGAGCAGAUCAAAGAGCUGAUAUUUAUUGUCAGAGCGCAGGAUGGCGGCUCCCCUCCGCUCAGCAGCAACGUGAGCGUUCGCAUUCUGAUCCAGGACCAGAAUGACAACGCCCCCCAGGUCCUGUACCCGGUGCAGACGGGCGGCUCGCUGCUGGCCGAAAUGGUGCCUCGUUCGGCCGAUGUGGGCUAUCUGGUGACUAAAGUGGUGGCCGUGGACGUGGACUCUGGCCAGAACGCCUGGCUCUCCUACAAAGUGCACAAAGCCACCGACAGGGCGCUGUUUGAAGUGGGCGUCCACAACGGAGAGAUCCGAACUGUCCGCCAAGUGACUGACAAAGAUGCUGUCAAACAAAGACUGACUGUUGUCGUGGAGGACAAUGGGCGGCCCUCUCGCUCAGCUACGGUCAUUGUGAACGUGGCGGUGGCCGACAGCUUCCCUCAAGUGCUGUCAGAGUUCACUGACUUGAGCAUGCACGACAAGGAGUACAAUGACCAGCUGACUUUUUACUUAGUCUUGGCGCUGGCGGUGGUCUCCUUCCUCUUCAUCACCUGCUUGCUGCUUAUCAUAUCGGUCAAAGUGUACCGGUGGAGACAGUCUCGCGUCCUCUACCACUCCAACCUGCCUGUCAUUCCGUAUUGUCCACCAAGAUACUCGGAUACUUUGGGGACGGGGACUCUCCCACACGUGUACAAUUACGAGGUGUGCAGGACCACCGACUCCAGAAAAAGUGACAUGAAGAACAUGCAAGCCAUGAGUCAAAGUUUAGUGAGCGUGGAUGGAGCUGAUGCCGAUAUGCCGCAUGUGAACAAGGAGCUGUCAGGAAACUGCUCACAGAUGUCAACUUUGGUGAGUCAAGUGUUUCAGGAUUUUUUUUUCUCUCUCACAAACGACAUAUAUCCACAAUUUCCAAGGUACCGCUCAGAAGAAGGGUUUCGGUCUUACCUUGAGAUCCAAAUGUUUCAUGUGGUUAGUCACAACCCACUUUAAUAGAAGUCAAUGCAAGCAAGUUCAUUUUCUAAUGCUAUUCUUUGAUAAUUAAUCUAAUUUGAAAAUAAAUACAUGAUAUCUAUGUAUUUCAGAGUAUAUUAUAUGAAAAGGAAAAUCACACAAGAUAAAUAAGACCAUGUACACUUUUAGAUGGAGGAUAAUAGUAGGUACAAGACAACUGCAAUAAAAUAGUGGAAUAUAAAGUACAUGACUAGUGUAAAUUAAAGUGCUUCAUGCACUUAAUUACUUUUCACACAACUUUCUAUCUUUCUUAAUUAUCAAAAUACAACAAUCAAAAUUUGUCAAUUGCGUCAAUUGUGCUUAACAUGCGUCCACCAAACAGCGGCAGGAAUUUGUCGGAACGGUGUGCAUUUUCGUGGCUUUUUUUUUAAAUCAAAACAAAGUUUAUCGUUUAAAAUCUUUGAUAACAAAUAUUGUCAGCUAAAAUGUUUUAGGCAUCUAACUCAUUUUAAAUUAAAUGAACUUUGCAAUAUUAAAAGAACCUUCCAAUAUUAAUUUGAUGAGAAGAUGUACAGUUUUGAUAAAUAUUGAACGGUGUUUCGUGAGAUUCCAUUGUUUCAGCUGCAAUGUCGCUGUCCAUGGUGAUGGAAUAGUUUUCCAUUUGAUUCACACGCUUUAAAUAAAGCCAG